AUGUUCCUCACGGUCAAGCUGCUCCUGGGCCGAAGAUGCAGCCUGAAGGUGACAGGGCAGGAGAGUGUGGCCACGCUCAAGAGGCUGGUGUCCAAGCGGCUGCAGGUGCCUGAGGAGCAGCAGCACCUACUCUUCCGAGGGCAGCUCCUGGCCGAUGACAAGUACCUGUCGGACUACAGCAUCGGGCCCCACGCCUCCAUCAACGUCAUCGUGCGGCCCCUGGAGAAGCCAGCGCCCCUGUGGCCCCGUGUGGGCGGCAUCCUGGCCCAGCACUUUGAGCCGGAGGAUGCCAAGAACGUGCUGCAGCUGGUGAGGCAGGAGCACGAGGAGCGUCUGCAGAAGAUCAGCCUCGAGGCCCUGGAGCAGCUGGUGACCUACCUCCUGGCUCAGGAGGAGAGAGUCCCGGCAGAGACAGAGCCACGGGCCACCACCUCCGAGCUCCCAGACCAGGAGGAAGUGGAAGAGAAGGAGGAGACUCCCUAG